AUGGGUGAAAGGAUCGGGUCAGACGACGAUCCAAUGGUGAUAAAGAUGGAUAUUGCAAACUUCAUGGUCCACAAGAUGUUGGUGGAUAAUGGUAGUUUUGCAGACAUUAUUCUUAAGUAUGUGCUAAUAAAGAUGGGGUUAGAUCAUGUAAAGUUAAAACAGUUACGAAUCCCACUGGUCGGAUUCGGCGGAAGUGAGGUCGGAUCUUUGGGAACCAUGGAAUUGCCCGUGUCCAUAAGGGAGAAACCUAAGCAAAAAAUGCUGAUGGCAAAGUUUCUUGUUGUCGACAUUCCUUUUGCAUAUAAUGUUAUAUUAGGGAGAUCGGGACUUAUUUCUUUUAGAGCAAUAGUGUCAACAUAUCAUUUGAAAAUGAAGUUUCCCACUAGAAAUGGAAUAGGAGAGGUCGCAUGCGAUCAGAAGAAGAAAUUAGUGAGAAUUGAGCCCGUUGAUCAACACAAAGAAGUAGAACUGGUACAAGGUAAUUCCACAAAGACAACUAGAAUAGGGCCACGCAUGGGCGAAAACCUAGAAACAAUGAUGAUUGCGUUCUUGAAGAAUAAUACGGAUAUGUUUGCAUGUAGUCCAUCUAAUUUUAAAGGAAUAAACCCGGAGAUGAUCGUGUAUCGGUUAAAUAUUGAUUCAACAGUGCGACCUGUUCUACAGAAAAAGAAGAGAUCGUUUGGGUUGGAAAAGAACCGCAUCAUUGAGGAAGAGAAUGACAUGUUGCUUAAGGCUGGGUACAUUUCUGAAAUCCAAUACCCUAAAUGA